AUAAAACAGAAGAGGAGGAAGAAAGCAUUGACAAAGAAGAUACCAACUACACGCGGUUUCCUCCCAAGUCAUCUCUGAAACUUCUCCUUCUUCAAGGGAAGCUGCAGAGAUCAUCAUCAUCUAUCCCUCUCUCUCUCUCUCUCUCGCCGUGGACGGACGAGAAUUGGAGGUGAAAGAUGGGAUGCUGUAGCAGCAAGAGCGCCGAUUCCAAGGCGAGUCGCCUGGCUCGUUGGCGCGCCACCGGCAUCGUUGCCUUACGCGACUCGAAAUUGAAGGCAUUUCCUGAUGAAGUUUUUGACAUGGAUAGGUCUGUAAGGACUCUUGAUUUCACACAUAAUAGAAUAGCCGACGUUCCCAUUGAGAUAAACAAAUUUGUUAACAUGCAACGUCUGAUUCUGGCGGAGAAUGUUAUUGAGCGCCUCCCAAUUAACAUGGGGAAGAUUCAGGCUUUAAAAAUCAUGAUACUUGAUCGGAAUCGCAUUACUACCUUGCCGGAUGAAUUUGGUCAGCUGGUCAGGCUUGAACGUCUGUCCAUAUCAGAGAACUUAUUGGUACAGCUACCUGAGACUAUAGGGAGCUUGCGUAAUCUGACACUGCUAAAUGUGUCAAAUAACAAGUUAAAGAAUUUUCCUGAAUCAAUUGGAAGUUGCUUUUCUCUUGAAGAAAUACAAGCAAAUGAAAAUGCUAUUGAGGACAUUCCUUCUUCAAUAUGCAACCUUGUCCAUUUAAAGUCACUUUGCUUAGAUCAGAACAAGUUGAAACAGAUACCUGAUAAUCUGUUGACAGACUGCAAAGCUCUCCAGAACAUUUCCCUCCACAAUAAUCCAAUAUCUAUGGAUCAGUUUCAGCUGAUGGAAGGAUUCCAAGAAUUUGAAACCCGAAGAAAAAAGAAGUUCGAUAAACAAAUAGAUGCUAAUGUGAUGAUCAGUUCUAAAGGCCUUGAUGAGGGUGUUGAUUUAUAACAUUGUGAUCUGGUACUAUUUCAAACACAUGCUGAUGUGUCAACUGGGUUUCUAUAUAUGUCAAUUCAACAGGAUUAACACAAUAUCAUUUAUUUCAUAACUAUAUAUGCUUUCGAGCUUGUAUAUGCCAACCAUGUCUCUUGUAAGUUAAAUUUCCAUUUCUUGCUCUACAUGAGAUGGAAAUAUUACUGUUUCAAAUUCCUGUAUAUAGGAAUUCCAAGCUUCAAUCAAUUGCUUUCAUUACUAUUAUUUAU